AUGGCUGACAACAACAACAUCCCAAGUGCUGAUCCCUUCCUCCUGCAACACCUGAUCGACGAGUCCACCCGUGACGGGGCGAAUCGUCAUCGACAGGGGGGAAAUCGGCAUACCCCCACCGGGCAAAGAAGGCCCGGGCAUGAAACCUCACCACCCAGGAGGCAGCAGAUCCAUAGCAUCCAGCAACUGCAGGGCCUCCAACAGGUUCAGAACGUUGACCAAGUCCCUCCCGAAGGACACGUUCAGAACGGGGAGGACGGGCAGCACCGAACUCACAAUGGGCCAGAACAUGCCCAGAAUGUGAAUGAAGCCGACACUAGAGACGGGCAGGCUGCUUCCUCAUUCACACACACCUCCGAAAGGCGGAGAGCCCGUCAUGGAGAAGAAGAGGAGCCGCUCAACAUUCCCGAGGACGCCGACCCCAUCACCGUCCGCCUGCUCAAAGAAAUACAGAUGACAAACAGCCUCCUCCGAAUUCAAGACGACCGAAUUCACGAGCUGGAAAGGCAGAGACGACGCCGGAAGCACUACCGGUCACGCUCCUAUUCCUCCUCGCGCUCACCGCCGAGGAGAUACCGCCGGCGUUCCCCAUCCUCUUCACGAUCCCCACCGAGAAGAUAUCGCCGCCGGAGGACACGUUCCCGCUCUCCGCCAAGAAAGAACAGGAAGAACCAGAGGCCUGAAACCACCGAACAAAGAAGCCCCUCCCCCGAACAGGACCGUCGGGGCCCUUCCAAAGUUGCGCCGGACGACAACCAAGGAAAACCCCGGCGAGACAGGCACUACAAUUCACCAGGACCAAGUGACGAAGAGGACUUCCGCAGCCCUUUGUCCGGGAAACAACAAACAACAACAGCAACUCGCUCUCUCCCUUUCUCUUACUCGUUUUCUCUCUCGGUUAAACAAACAAGGAUGCUCAUGCUGAGUGAAACGAGUGAACAGAGACGUUGUGCUGCGAUUAGUGUGAGCUGCGGUGUAGUUGAUGGCUUCGAUGCGAUUCAGUGUUGGUUCUGUGAUGUAAAUGAAGCUGAUGGAAAGUUAUUUGGUAAAUGA